GGCGGCGGCUCCGCGGGCUGCGGUCGCUCCCGCCUUUCCAGCGCCACUGGCGGCCACAGCCGCGCACCCGGGCGGGCCCGGAGGAGCGGAGGUCAUGGCUUCCACCUUCUCAGGCCCGGGUCUCCAGUGGAGGAAAUGACUGUUGGAGACCUUGCUCUAGAUCUGUUGCAGAAACUGAACUCUCACAGGGCUCCAACUUGCCCAGGACACGGAAGUUUCUCUCUUUGAAGGGCUUUACAUUGCAACCCAGAAGGUAAAAAAUGACGACCUCGUCUAUCAGACGGCAGAUGAAAAACAUUGUGAACAAUUACUCAGAAGCCGAAAUAAAAGUCCGGGAAGCCACGUCCAAUGAUCCAUGGGGCCCGUCUAGCUCUCUGAUGACCGAGAUCGCAGACCUGACCUACAAUGUGGUGGCCUUCUCAGAGAUCAUGAGCAUGGUCUGGAAGCGGCUCAAUGACCAUGGCAAGAACUGGCGGCAUGUGUACAAGGCGUUGACGCUGCUGGACUACCUCAUCAAGACGGGCUCUGAGCGGGUGGCCCAGCAGUGCCGUGAGAACAUUUUUGCCAUCCAGACUUUGAAGGACUUCCAGUACAUCGAUCGUGACGGCAAGGACCAGGGCAUCAAUGUACGUGAGAAAUCAAAGCAGCUGGUGGCCCUCCUCAAAGAUGAGGAGCGGCUGAAGGCUGAGAGGGCCCAGGCUCUCAAAACCAAAGAACGCAUGGCCCAGGUUGCCACUGGCAUGGGCAGCAACCAGAUCACCUUUGGCCGAGGCUCCAGCCAGCCCAACCUCUCCACCAGCUAUUCAGAGCAGGAAUAUGGCAAGGCCGGGGGAUCACCUGCCUCCUACCAUGGAUCGCCCGAGGCCUCGCUGUGCCCCCAGCACCGCACAGGGGCCCCGCUGGGUCAGAGCGAGGAGCUGCAGCCGCUGAGCCAGCGCCACCCCUUCCUGCCGCACCUGGGGCUAGCCUCCCGCCCAAAUGGCGACUGGUCCCAACCCUGCCUCACUUGUGACCGCGCAGCCCGAGCCACUUCCCCAAGGGUGUCUUCUGAGCUGGAGCAGGCCCGGCCCCAGACUAGUGGUGAAGAGGAGCUGCAGCUGCAGCUGGCACUGGCCAUGAGCAGAGAAGUGGCUGAGCAGGAAGAACGUCUCAGGCGGGGUGAUGACCUCAGAUUGCAGAUGGCUCUAGAAGAAAGCCGAAGAGACACAGUUAAGGUCCCAAAAAAGAAAGAGCACUUAUCCCACCCACAGCAGACCACCCUGUUGGAUUUAAUGGAUGCCCUCCCCAAUUCAGGCCCUGCUGCCCAGAAAGCAGAGCCCUGGGGCUCGUCAGCCUCAGCUAACCAGACCAAUCCUUGGGGCGGGCCGGCUGCCCCAACCAGUGCUUCGGACUCCUGGCCAUCAUUUGGUGCCAAGUCAGCAGCCUCUGUGGACCCAUGGGGUAUUCCCACCGGAGCCAGCUCUGUCUGUCAGAGCUCAGACCCGUGGGCAGCCCCGCAGCAAUCUGCUCCCAGUGCUGGGAAAACAGCUGACGCCUGGGCUGCAGCCUCAGCCACAAAGCCUGUAUCCACCUCUGGGGCCUUUGAUCUCUUCAGUAAUUUGAAUGGUACAAUUAAAGAUGACUUUUCUGAAUUUGACAACCUCCGAACUUCAAAGAAAACAGCUGAAAAGGUGGCCUCUCCACCACCCCAAAACAAUGGAACUACAAGCCCUGACCCUUUUGAGUCUCAGCCCCUGACCGUCACCUCAAGCAAGUCCAACAGCGCCCGGAAAACACCCGAGUCCUUCCUGGGCCCCAAUGCGGCUCUGGUGAACCUGGACUCACUGGUGACCAGGCCAGCCCCGCCGGCCCAGUCCCUCAACCCUUUCCUGGCUCCAGGUGCAGCCUCGGCUUCAACCCCUGUCAACCCCUUCCAGGUGAACCAGCCCCAGCCGCUGACCCUGAACCAGCUUCGGGGAAGCCCUGUACUGGGGACCAGCACAUCCUUCGGGCCUGGCCCAGGUGUGGAGCCUGUGGCUGUGGCCACUAUGACCUCCACGGCCUCACACCCAGCUCUGGGGGCCAGUGGUUCCUCCCUGACGCCCCUGGGCCCCACCACAAUGAACAUGGUGGGCAGGGUGGGCAUCUCCCCAUCAGCUGCUCAGGCCACGGGCACAACCAACCCUUUCCUUCUCUAGUGCUUGGACCUUGGCCCCCCCAGCAGAGUGAAUGUGCAGGGCGUGUGCCCGAGGAUGCCGAGCAGGGACUCUUGUUUGUAGAAUGGUGUCUGAGAGUUGGGAUGGGGAUGUUAGGGCUUUCUAGAUCCAGCUUCCUGAUAAAAAGGGUUGUCUUUACAGCCCGACCCUCAGAUUCUGUCUGUGACUGGCUUGGUGAGACAGCAGACAUAGCAGGCCAGUCUCCUGAGGUGGGGCUGUCCCCAGCCCACAUCGCACAGGAGGGCUUCUGACCCAGCCUGGCCACCCUCUCGCACCUGGCACCCAUGGAAAUUGGCUGGCUCUCCAUCGCCUUGGGUGAGGAGGCAGGGCCCAGUGUUGGCUGUUGCCCCAACCUCAGCCCUAGGGUCUCUGGGAUACUGCCUAGCCCAGGACUUGGGACGGUCACCUCAUCUUUACCCCCAGCCCUAGCAACACCCUAGGUAGUCCCAGGUAUGGCUAGAAAGAAGUGUCGGCUCCAUUAGAUAGUGACCUUUUGGGGAAGUGGUUGUGCAUAUUUUAUUUUUCUUUGACUCAUGUGAGUUCAAAGGUAACAGCACCACCGUGGAACAACUCUUGAAUUAAAUCUAGAGCAAGCUUUAAACUAAUCUGAGCAUAACCCUGCCACGUGGCUCUAUGCUUGUAUACGUUUGCACAUAUUUUGUUUAGUACAGUUUCAUAUUUGAGUUUGCAGAAUUAUCUAAUAGUCUUUUUUUGGCUAAUAUUUUUAUAACGUGGUUCUUAUUUAACUGUCUAGUUUUGAUAGAAUUUACCAGGUCUGGCUGAAUGAAGAUAUUGGCACCUGUCAUGUUAGUGGUUUAAAUCUUAUUUAUGGUUUUAACUCUGUAAGAAAAUUUAAAAAGGAAGAGACAAAAAUAUGCCUUAUGGAAAAACUAAAGCAAAUUCUUUAUAGGAAAAAAUACGGGAAUUUGAUUACACAUAAAAGAUGAUGUUUAUUUAAAAAAAAAAAAAACUACAACAGCAACAAAAAUCCUAGCCUCCAGUUGCCUUUUCCUUUCUUUAACUCCCCCUUUUUUUGUGAAUCACCAAGAGAUUAACUCUCUGCCUUUUUUGGCUAGAUCCUAAGAGAGGCUAUUUUUCUUACUGAUAUACCAACAUCAAGAAAGUUUAAAAGAAAAGCUAACGUAUGAAUGUGACUCACCAGUUUUUAUCAGCUAACUCCUUUUUGUAACUGAAGGCAUGCACAGCAUUAACAAGGACUUCCGUUUGCAGUGGAAAUCUGAGAUGGAAGCGCCAUCUUGAACCUUGUGUGUCUGUGAUCUCCUCUGUCUUAAUCCAUGCUCAGGGUGAAGAUGGGAAUGGUGUGGAAACGGCAGUUGCCUGGGAGCCGUGGUGCUUCCGUGCCUGUGGGUCCCGGGUGGAUGGCCCCCCUACUCAACCAGGGUGUCGGACCAGGGCUGGCCCUGACCCACCCACCUGCUAACUCCAGAUACAUGUUGCAGAUUUUCAAAUAAUCAGCUCUUAUUUUGGAGAGGAAGGAUAAAAGCAUUCUCACCCAAUAGAUUUUUAACAAACAGGCACUAAUAUUCUCUCCCUUUCCCAACCUCCUGCUUUCCUCCUCACCACCCACCACUUAAAGUAUUGUCAUGAAUUAAAGGUCAGAAAAGACUUGCUUCCCUCCGGGGAAAGGACAUGUGCCCUGAAUCCCAUGUCCAGUCAGCUUGCGUGGCUGGUGUUUCGGUCUUGCUUUUCACUGCGGACUUCUCUACUCUAGCUCCGCUGGCAGCCACCCACCUGGCAUGGCCUCCCUCCUUACCCCUCUGGUUCCAAGGGGAGAUCUGACUCUUCUCACUGGGCCAAGGGAGAUGUAAAAUGCUAGAGGUAUACAGGCUGAUUCAGAAUUGCCCACUCAGGCCACUCUUCUGUCCCUGUUUAAAAAAGUUCAAAGCUGCUGCUCCCCUAUUCCUCCCCUCCCCCCGAGGCCAUCCCAGAGCUCCCGACCAGCCAUGUUUCUGCCGGAAUUGGAGAGCUGGGGCUGAACUGAGGGGCUCCUGAGUCAUUUCAGAGGCUGUGUCUGGUCUCUGGCCUGGGGGAGGCUGGAGGCAGGGAGGACUGGGGCAGGAUGCUUCCCAGGAAGGUGCUUUCCCUCACUUGGUGCGCGCCUGGACCACCUCACAGUUCACAGACCAAACUCACCUACAUGGUUCAGUGAUUCUUUUCUAACAGACAAGAGCCCUUCCUGAUGUGACUUUGAGGCCCCAACAUUACAACCAUGGCCACUGAGGCCCGAGAACACUCUGGCCCUGCCGCCCAGCACAGGCCCACCCCCUGGCGCCUUGUCACUGUUGCCCGCUGCACUGAUCAUGAAGCCACCGGCUCCUGCCACGCGUGUUGCACACAUGCCAUCCUGCUCCUUCCUGACUGGCACUGGGGUAGGAGGUGUCAUCCAGCCGUUUUCUCAGUCCUAGGGGCCGGUGGCUGGUUUUGAACUUGUGUUGACUAUUGAUACUUAUUUACUGUAUAAAUAUAAUUUAUCAUUUGUAUCAUGAUACGGUUUCUGGCUGUGUCCUUCCCCCACCCUCAGUCCUACCACACGAGAGGGUGGCUAAGCAAGGGAGCCAGUUCCUGCCCAGACCCAGCUCAGCCUGAGGUUAAUGAGACCACUGACUUGGGCCCCCUGCCUAGGCAGGCUGGGUGCCUGCUUGGUGCCUCUGGAUAUCAGGGAAGGACAUGGCAGUGGGACACUGCAAUGGUCUGCAAAGGUGUGGAAGUGCUGGCCAUGGUCCUCUACCCCUUGCUGUGGCCUCAUCAUGAGUGGGAGCAGUUCACCACCCGUGGACUUGGGGGUCUAGCCACAGAUGUGCAUAGAGUGAGGUGUGACAGCAAGCCAGUUCCAAAGUUGCAGGCCAGGGUCCACUGAGCUCUAACGCAUCCACAUGCACAUCACCAGAAGAGCUGCCCCUUAAGAAGCUGACCCUCGAACCUGCAGAUUUGUGGAUAGUAAUUGUAGUCACUGGCUCCUGGGCGACUUGGGCAGCUUUACUGUGGCACAGCUGACUGGGUGCAGAGGGACUGACCCUACUCAGUAGAUGGAAGAGGCUCUUCUGAUUGUGGAAAAGUGGGUGGCAAGGGCAGAGGGUGAGGGUGGGGGCUAAAGGGAGAUGCAGAUGGAAAAGUUCACAGGGGUGGGCAUACAGCUUCUUUGGUGAGACCCCAAGUUCCUACCUCUGCUCUGGGGCUGCCCUGCACCCCCAUAUUUCUGCACUGAAAAUCUGACCUCCCAACACCCAGUCAGGGAGGAGGAUUUGCCAUGGGGGCUUGGAGCAGCUAGGGUGCCACUUUGAGGACAGGUGAGGGGUGCGUUACGUCAGGGCACACUAGGUUACACUGUAGUAACAGGACUCUGUGUCUCAGCAGCUUAACACAGGUUGACUUUCACAAUCUAAUGCCUAUUGGGCAGCUGUCCAAGCAGAGAUCAGGAGCACUGGCUGCUUUCUUGUUGUGACAAUGCCUCCUUCAGCAUGGUCCAGAAGGGAACGAGCAAGCAGAGUGAUGUUGCCAAGGAUAGCUGGACAGAACGACAAGGUAGCCAAGUCUCUGGUGGACAUGUGGCAGAGUGAUGUCCCAACAUCAAGAGAGCCAGGAUAGGGAAUGAGGAAAAUGCUAAUGAGGAGCAAACACACAUGGGGUGUGGGAGCAAAAAUAUGCUGCCUUUAAGAUUGCAGGGGACAGUGGGCUUCAGUUAUGGCUAGACAGUGAGGGAAAUUUGCAUUCAGAGGUUCAGAAUAAUCAGGAAUUUUCCUGAUGACAGAUCCUGAGUUCCAAAGCAUAGUGAUUUGGGGCCAGAGAAUGGAGUACCGUGAGCCACAUAAACUUCUGAUGCUGAGAACUAAAUGAGAGAGAGUGUUCGUGUGGCCUCUUAGAGCAAUUCCAGUUGCAGCCAGGGCAGCAUGUAGUGGUAGAGUGACAGUCUUCAGGUGGGAGGCAGGGGACCUGCCAGGAGCCUGAGGCAAGGCACCUUAUGGCUUCCCUUAAAUCUUGCUGAGGUGCUGUGCAGGCUGUGGGGAGGGGGCAAGCUGUGUCCAUGCCCAGAGAGUUCACCUAAGUGCUACAGGAUAUGUGCAGGGAAGUGGGGCGGGGAGGGUCCUAGGGACUGUGCUGAGGGGGCCCAGUUCACCUUCCUCGCCUGCUGAGACUGACUGGAACACUGAUUCCAGCAGUUUCCCACCUAUGGAAGUGAAGUUUUCAGCCCAUCCUCUGGGCUGCAGAGGUGGGGUCAGCCCGAGGGUGGGCUGGGGUCUCUCCAUGCAGCUCCUGCUGACAGUACUCUCCUUGCCAAGGCAGGUGGUGGUCAUGGAACAUAGUUCACAAGUGAUUGUGCAGAGCUCCCAAAGCCUCCAAGGUGGAUAUGCCCAAUCUAGGGGUGUGUUGAGGUGUAGAAAGAGUCACAACUGUAAGUGGCAGAGCCAGGUUAAGCCCAAGCUCUCAUCCUAGUUGGCCAUUCUAGCAUGCCGUCUCUGGCAACUUCUAACCCCUGGGCAGUUGCCCCUGUAGGGUUGGAGUGAGCCCCUCAGGCCAGCAGAUGGAGGGAAGGUGCAAUGAGAGGGGAGGGGGGCAGCCCUAGGCCUGGCCACUAUGGAAAAGUCACACUUUAUUAUAUAAAAAUAUCUCCCCAGUCCUGCUCCCGCCCCACAAGCUGCACUCAAGGCAGAUGGUGGUUGACUCCCCAGGACAGCCCGAGCAUUAUCUGAGAACCGCUUGGUCUGCUGGACUGCAUGGCCAGACUUGCUGGUGGAUGGCCUGGUGCCUUCAUCAGGGGAGGCCCUGGGGUGGGCUGGGCCCCAAGAUGCUCUGUGUGUCCGGAGGCCCAGUGUCGUAGCCCAGCUUCCUCAUGUCCUUGGUCACCACGUUGAAGAGGAGAGUGACAAAGCCCUGGGAGCGUACUCGGGUCACUGGGGACAGAAGGGCAACAUCAGGCUGGAGCAGAAAGAGAUUCAGGCUGCUUUGGGAAUCUCUUCCAACCUUAGCAUUCUCAUCUGUCAGAUGGGGAAAUAGUGCCCGGCCCCUGCCCCUCACUGGGAAGUAAAGGGGCAGCAGUGGAGACAGACUGACAUGGCAAAGCCUCUCACCGCCCACAUCUGGGAGGUGCUCUGGGAAAACCCCUGGGCUCUACUCCAGAAGCACCAGCGUCUUAGGGCCUGGUGGGUCCCUGAUAUCCACACUGUGUGUUUCCUGGGGACCCACCUAGACCCUCCUGGGCUCUAAUCUGUCCAUGGGGUUGGGGUGGAUUGGAGUGCAUCAAACUUUACCUUCCCGGCCUUCACCCUGAGCUACCACCUUGGGGUCUGUGUACUCAGGCCGCCUUCCCAUGAACCAGCUGUGGAAAGAAAGGAGAACACUAGGUCAGCAGGCUGGCCUGGGGAUCCCCAGACAGGCGACAUGGUCACUCUCCUUGUUCCAGACACCAGCAGCCGUCUUCCAAACCCUUCCUCAGGGCUAGGCAUUCCACACCACCCUCCUGACCCGUCUGAAAGGCAAGGUGGUGCCAAGGCAGUGGUAUACUGGGUUGAGACCCAUGGAGGCCUGGGGACCCCAGCAGGCUGAGGUGCUCUGCAGCUGGAUGAUGGGCUUUCCCAUGGGCCUCCAUGGGUCUUGUUCACUGGGAUGAAAGAGGAGGGAGAUGUGGAACUGAGGUGUGGGGCACAGCCCGAACCCAGGUGGAAAUCCUAGGAAGGUAACAGUGGCAGGUGCAGGGGGGCUAGAGGUGAAGGCAUCUUGUCAACUGCUGUGUAAAACAUUAAUCUUGCGAUUUACACUUUUGGCUCUAGUUCUAGGACACCCCUGCCCACGGAUGUGCCUGCUCUGUGGUGGCAGACACUACUAUCUAACCCCACAGUCACCCUAAAGGGGGCGCAGUACUCAGCACUAGUGCCCUGGCACAUCACCCCCUACCUCCUGCCCCUCACAGGAGCCUCGCUUGGUAAAUCCCCAGCUCACAGAAGCUAAGAAAAGUCAGAGACUUGCCCUCGGCCACAUUAGGCAGCAGUGGAAGUAGAAGUAGCAGGGGACCUCCUUACUGUCCCUUGGUGGCUUCAGGCUACCAGGUCAGAGCAGCUUUUUCCAGAGCCGCAGCUUCACCCCUGACAUACCCACUUGAACUGGAAACAAACAGGCACACCAUCCUGGCCAGACACCCAAGAAGACCUAGUGGUCUCUCAGCAUUGAAGUGCCUGGCACCAAGUCACUUGGGUUCCCCGCAUUCCUGGAGAGGCCCAUCUUCUGCCGCAAGGCAGCUCCUGCGUGGGGCUCCCAGUCUGCUUUCUGUGAAGUAACUGACCCACAGGGGCCCAGGUUCCAGAUGGGUAAAGCCAUACUCCCCACCACUACCCGACUGGGAGAGUGUGCCCAUGGCCCAGCCCAAGCUGUGGCAGGCCUAUGACGGUGCCCUGUCUCAGGCAGGUACCAACCAGCACCCACCCGUGCUGCCCAGGGGACAAACUGGCAGCUCACACUGUGGGAGAAAGGAAUGACAUGACCGCCUUGUCUGCCCAUAGGCUUUGUGGAGACGCAGAGCAGCACCAUGGCUACAUGACUUUCAGGGGACAGGGGCCCAGGGUUCCAGCUGGGGGCUGGAUGGGUACAAGACUGCCUCCCUGUGCCUCCAUUUCUCCAUCUGGAGUGAGACAUGAGACACGGAGCAGCCACCGCCAGCCUGGCACAUCCCAAGUGGGGGUCUGCUCUGGCCACCGCAUUUCUCCUAAAUCGAUGAGGGUGGUUUGUUUAUCUAACAUGAUUUGCACAGAAGGAGCAGGCUGUUCAGAGGAGAUGUUCCAGGAAGCAGCCAGAAGCAGGGAAGGAUCCAGUGGUUCCUUCCCCUGGGAGGAACCCAGGCAGGUGGGACUCGAGUGAGAGGGUGGAGGGCCUCACCGCAUCCUAGUAGCCUUAAUCCCAAACACAGAGCCAGGGCUGAGUGGUCUCUAAAGCCAGGUUUAGGAAAAGCAUUCUUGCUGCUCUGUGAAGACCAGAUGUGAGGCUGAAUAAUGGCCCCAAAGAUAUCGUCCCAGUCCCUGGAACAUGCAAAUGUGGCCUUAUUUGGAAACAGGAUCUUCGCACUUGUGAGGAUUAAGGUGAGGAUCUUAACAUGAGAAGGUCAUCCUGGAUCACCAGGCUGGGCCCCCACUGUCAUCACCAGUGUCCUUGUGAGAGGGAGAGGCCGUUGUGGCUCUCACGGGCACAGGGGGGUGAGCCCACAGGCAGAGACAGGAGUGAGGUAGCUGGAGCACAGGAAGCUGCAGCCACGGAAGCUGGAAGGGGCAGACAGAGUCUCCCCCGAGAGCCUCGGGGGAGGAUGUGCUCUGCCCACACCUUGAUUUCAACCCAGUGAAACUGAUUUUGGACUCUGACCUUGAGAACUUAUGAGAAAAUAAAUUUCUGUUGUUUUAAAACCAUCAAGUUUGUGGUCAUUGGAGGAGUUGCAGGAAACUAGAACAGAGGCUGAGAGUAGAAAUGGGCAGGCCAGCUGGGCUAAGGAAGGAUGGAUGAAGGAGGCCAUGGGAAAGCACAGAAACUGGGAGGUGUGGGGGAGAGGGAGGCAGGGUCGGUGCCUCCAGGGCGCUGGCAUGGGGGCUGCUGGAGCCAGUAACAUGGUGGCACUCCUGGUCCCAUGUCUGAGAAUAUUGUGUCUGAGAAAAAACUGCCUUCACUAAUUUUCUGUAAUCCAAGCACACACCACUUCAUCCAGUAGGGAGCCCCGCUGAGGGCAGGAGACAGCCCCCCGCAUAAGCUACUAGCCUGCAGGCACUGACAAAAGCCUUGACUGCUGUGUGAGCGGUAAGGCCUUAAGUCGUCAGCAGCGGAACCUCAGAGAGCUCGGGUGGAGCUGUGGGGUGUAAAGCAGCGCGAACAUUCCGACCAGACUUCAGUGUCCAUCACUGUCACUGCCCCUUGCUUCCCCGCAAGCCUCCGAGGUGGGUAUCAUCCCCUCUAGCUUACUCGAGCCCAGGGCGUCAUGGCAGCCUCCCAGAGUAGCUUCUAGGGGCAGUGGCACCCAGAGUGUCCCCUCACUAGGCCUCAGAGCUCAGGUCUGACGCCGUCCCUCCACCCAGCAGGGCUCUGGUUAGGUCUCACCCCUCACACUGGCCAGGCUUGCAAGGGGCAGCUCGCCAGCUGCUGACUGGGACCCAGGUCGUCCUCCAUGUCUCCCUCUUCCCAGCUCUGAAGGGAGGGCCCAGGGCUCAUCCCUGGCUGACCUGUGAGGGAGCAGCAGCGGCUUACCGAUCGUCUGAGCUGACUGGGAUUUAUCCUCCAAUCCUGAGUCAGACAGCUGCGCCAGCACUGGCCCUUCAAGCUCCUGUUCCAGCUCAGUCUCCCCCAUCUGUCCAUGAGUACUCCUGCCCACCUGACAUCUCCCCACCACAUUCCCGUUGCUCAUCACCUAUGCACCGCACCCCCCUCCUGGCUCCCAACAUGCAGCUCCUGCUCUCCUCAGGGUCUCACACAUACUUUUCCUGCACCUGGGUCAGUCUCCUCUCAGAUCUCCCACACUGGGUCCUUAGCUCCAUUCUACUCUCUUCUCAGAUGCCACCUCUGAGGCUCCUGCAUGUGAAGUCACCUAGUAACGGACAGGAUCAAGAACAUUUUCUCAUCUGAUACGAGCUUUUCUUCCUCUCCGUUUGACACAAAGACUUUUAACAGGACAGGGUAAAACUACAUGGCUUUAUGCUUCUGGAACAGAGGCUGAGGGAGAGCCAGGACCCUCAGCAGCCCCACAGGACGUGUUUCCAUUUGUCCCCAAGACUCAGGGAAGCUUAAAGAUCUGGCAAGGUUACCUGGCACAGUAACUGUGUGGGGCGGUGGGGUGGGGGAGUGUGGUGUCCCUUCCUCCACUCCCUCUACCCAAGUCAGGAGGAGGACCUGGGGGUUGGAAAUAGAAAACUUACCUCGUAAACUGCUGCAGUUUAGAUGUAGAUUCUGGGACAAACAUGGGGAUGGUCUUUUUGUGCCUAAAACAAAUGCCACAGACAGAGGUGCUGAGUAAGAGAAGUGAUAGAAUGUUCUGAGUCUCAAGUGGGCAGAAACACAGAUCAGGUUGGUGCCAAUCAGAGCCAAGGCCAAUCAGUCCAACCUGUACUGACCACCACUGUGCCCAGACUCGGCGCUCAGCUCAGGGAGCAGGCAGUGGACACCCAGGUUGAGUACCGUCAGAGUCUUGUUUAUCUGAAGGGUCAGAGGAUGCUGAGGAUUGCCAAAAAUCAAACCUGGGUCCUAUUCCCACUGCCCUUCAGAGAGGCCAUUUUUCUCCAGCUGUCCAAAUGCCCGCCAUCUCUGAGGCCUACUUUGGAUACCUUCCUCCAGGAGGCUCCUGACAACUCCCAGACCUUAUUCCUGUUGUGGUCACCUGCCCUAGGCUGGUCCUUGGAGCCUGGGGUCCAGCCCUUCACUCCCUGGAUCUCUCUCUCCACCAUCCCCUUGAACUCCCAUCUGGCACUUUCUGUUUCCAUGAAAAAAACUCAGAGCACUCCAUACACCUGCUUCCUUCUCCUUCCUUCACCUUCUCCAGACAAUCUCCUAGGUGUUUAAGGCCAGCUGACCCUGACCCUCCUCUGUGCCUCAGAACACCCCAUGUCUAUACCCAGUCACUAUGCUAGACAAGAGAAAAUGUGUCUCUCCAUCUGUGUCUGCUACUCUGGGAGCUUCUGAGGACGAGACCACGUGGCCAUACCUGCACCUGAACAUCCGUGUGCUCUGAUGCCAGCACAGAAGGGGCAUCGACGAGAGCUCACAGGAUGGGCAGGGGCAGGGGAGCAGGCAGAGAAAUGAAGGCAUGAGCUCUGUAGUGGGCCAGAUCCCUCUCAAGAGCACUGAGAUGAUCUCUGGUAGGCCCCCCAACACUCUUGUACCCAACCUGGUGUUUGGUAGUAACAUCAGCCUCACCCAUGUGGGUUUCCUCCCA